AUGGCGUUCCAGAGUAUUCUGCCGCUUGCCUGCUCCGAGCGAGCAUCGUACUACCGGGAACGCGCGUCGCAGACGUACAAUGCGCUUGGCUUGCUCUUCAUGGUUGUGUUCUACCCCAUGGAAACCGCGUCAAUCUUCGGACUACUCUUCAAUACCGCCACGAUGAUGGGGGAUGGGCUACAUCGCCCGGCGCUGGUGUUUGCGGACUGUGACGACCUUCCGACGUGGAACGAGACGACGCAGUCGUACGAGAACGGGGUCUCCAAGAUUGGAUGCCAGCCCAUGGCCGACUCCGCCGUGACGGUGGGCCACAUCACCGUCAAGGAGUACACGGAACAGUACUUUGGCUACGAGCACGAGGGCAUCACGCACUUCUUCCUCAUCCUGAUCGGCUGCCGCGUUGUCGGACUCAUUGCGCUGCGCUACAUCAACCACCAGAAGCGGUAG